UGAAAUGAAACGUAUUGUGGGUGCCAGAUUUUGUGCGUGUUUCUAUUCAAGUUAUAAAAUUUUAUUUUACAUUGAAAAUUCUGAAUAGCUAGAUAAAUUUUAAUUUAUUCAUAUUUCCUUCUAUUUUUUGUAAAUUCUAAAUAACUUUACAAGUAUCGAAAUCCUGUUGUGAAGUUAUUAAAGUGGAAAUAUUUUACCAAAUUAUAAUUUAACUCCAGCAAAUUAAAUUAAAACAAUCGCCAUUACAAGAAAGCGAGAUUGAUUACGCACAGAAAAAAAAGAAAAACGUGUUUAUGUUUUUAGUUCAUCCUACUUUGACGAGAAAAUACUUAACUAUUUGGAUAAAGAACAUUUUCUUUUCAUUUGGCGGGAGCGCUGGCAUAUUGUUCGUGCAAAGAGUGUAUGGCCGUCCGCUGUCACCGCGGCCUCGUUGACGCCGCAACUCCGUUCAACGGCUUUUACGAUUAAAUUGUUAGUGCAGUGAAAUUCCCAGUUAUGCAUCGCGCCUAGUCUUUGAUAUGGAUAGGAGAGCGUGCCCGAGCUACAACGCGGGGUUGGACGCGUGUGAUCCUCUGGAGUUGGUGCAGUGGUCUGGUCGUGGGGAGAGCCGCGCGGCUCGCGUGCUGAGACGCCGCUGCCGGAGCGAGGGUGUGGAGCGGUCGCCGUUCGAGGAUGCGCAUAGAGACUGGUGCGCCAGUGACGUAGCGUGUUGCCGAGGCCAGCGGGCCGUCAGGAACCACUUCACGCUGAGCGCCGAGCCCCGGGAGGGACGCGACUGGGCCGCCGCGCACUACGGCGACUACGCCAUGGCGCCCGAGCGACAGAGGCUGCUCUGCUUCCAAACACAAUUGAAACAGCAGCAAAAACUCAAAAAACCUAGCAACACACCUUUACUUACUGAGAAACGAUUGCCGAAAGUGGAAGAGCUAUUAGAAAAAGUGGACCAAGAAAUGGUUGAAGUGAAACAACCGCUAAAAUCAAUACUCAAUAAUCCUCCCAAGUCCCCACCGCCUGGUAUUUUGAAGAAGUCAAAAACCAGAUUUGAGUCAAAGAGUAGUUUGGAAGGUCGUCGACGGCAGCGAGCUUCUAGUGAAUCAGACAACUUCAGCAAUUAUUCCAUGGCUGCUCCAAUCCCUGGAUCACUCGAUGGUCGCCUUACCUACCUCUCCGCAAACACGAAAAGGGCCAAAGACAACUCGGGCACCGGCUAUAGCUACAGCACAACACAUGCCAACAUCAGCCCGACAAGGAAGGCCAGCAGUGCCGUAGGCUACAAGAACUUGAAGUACUGUAAAGAAGCUAUGAAGGGAGACCACGACAGUAUGAAUAUACUGAGGACAUCUGCCAUUAAUAAGGACACUGUGAAUGAAGUUGUUGUGGUGGAGAAGCCGCGGCAACACUCGCCGGCGCCCGCCUGCCCCGUCAUGAGUCCGUCUCUCCCCGUCAGCUCGGUCACGGCGCUACCGCACGGCACUCACAAGAAACACAAGAAGAAGGUGCGCCUCAGCGGACCCAAGUGUGAUGAUGAUGACAGCCAAAGCAUAAGCCGAUCGCCAUCGCCGUCUCCCGACCGCAUUUGGGAAAUGGAAACAGACUCGGUAAUCCUCGAGAUGAAGAAACUGGAGGAACUGAAGGAACUGAAGAAGCUUCGAGAACAGUCCGCCUCACCCCCUCUAAGUAAACCCCCUAAAAGCCCAGUACCUUCCGAUGCCAACCAAUUGAAAGCGCCCAAAUUGACCAAUGGGCAUGCGGCUGGCGCGACCAAUGGCAGUGUUUCGCCGAAACGGUCUCCGCAAAUCAAAGAUGUGUGCAUAGACCACUCGCUGCCCUCCAAAGUGAACCAGCAUUUCCUGACUGCACUCAACACGAUAAAUCCGUUCAGCAAAUUGUCAAAGAAAGACUCCCACCCAGUCCUCCCAGACUGCAUGGUUCACUGCGUGCGACCAUCACUCUUCCCGCGAGUGCCUCCAUACCUCAAGUUCGUUGGACCUGACGAGCCCAUGCUGAGGAUACCACUGGCCAUCAGCAAACACUUGAAGUGGAAGUCCACGUCGAUAACACCGAUUAUUGUGAAGAAGACGCUGAUGCAGUCCGGGUUUAAGCUGCUGAAGCCUGAUGUGGAUACUGAUUAUGAAGAGAUGAGCGAGUGGCUCGGCACGUGGGGCAAGCACAUGAAGGCGCACAUGUUCCACGGCAUGCAGGACCAGCAGAAGCUGAACCACUUCCCCGGCACGUUCCAGCUGGGACGCAAGGACCGGUUGUGGCGGAAUAUACAGCGGUUGGUGGCCAAAUUCGGCCAAGAGGAGUUUGGCAUCAUGCCCGACACCUACAUCUUGCCGAGCGACACCAAGUACCUUCAGAAGGAGUGGGAGAAGGGAGAGGAGAACAACGAGAUGUGGAUCAUUAAGCCGCCGGCGUCAGCGCGGGGCAGCGGCAUCCGCGUCAUCACAAAAUGGGCGCAAAUCCCCAAGAAGCGGGCGGUGGUCGUACAAAAGUACGUGCACAAGCCGUACCUCAUCAACGGGUCCAAGUUCGACCUGCGGCUGUACGUGCUGGUCACGUCCAUCCACCCGCUCAGGAUCUACGUGUAUCGGGACGGGCUGGCCCGGUUCGCCUCAGCCAAGUACAACGAGGAGCCGGACUCGCUCAACGACCGGUUCACGCACCUCACCAACUACUCCAUCAACCGCCUGUCCAAGAACUACACGCCCAACGAGGACCACAACGCCUGCGAGGGACACAAGUGGACACUACAAACGCUAUUCACGUACCUGAAGACUGAGAAACAAGUGGACACUGACACUCUGUGGGCGAACAUUAAGGACCUGGUAAUAAAGACGAUACUCGCCGGUGAAUACAGCAUCAGUGCAUUGUCUAAAGCGCAUCUGCAGUCGCGGUACAAUUGCUAUGAGCUGUUUGGCAUUGACGUGCUGUUGGAUGAGAAUCUGAAGCCUUGGCUUUUGGAGGUGAACAUAUCCCCGAGCCUGCACAGCGCGUCGCCGCUGGACGUGCACGUGAAGGGCGCGCUCGUGCGCUCCGUGUUCAACCUGGCGCAGUUCCACGCGCCGAGGCAGGCCCAAGAUCAUACGCAUAAUUUUAAUGGACUCCUAUUUGACCCAAGACUGUACACCAUCUACCUGUCGAAAGAAGAAAGAGAUAAACACUUGAUCUACACAAACAUGGAAGACAGAGAAAUGUACCUCCGCGACAUCCUCACCACUUUGACCCCAGACGACGUCCGCCAUCUGCUCCAAGCCGAGGACGAGUUGACACAAGCCAAGCAUCUUGACCGAGUGUUCCCGACGCGACGCACACACCGCUACCUGAAGUACAUGCCCGGCGCCAGAUAUUACAACCGUCUGUUCGACGCCUGGGAGACCAGAUACAGCCACAACAGAGACGCAGGCCGGCAACUCCUGCGCAACCUGUGCGAGAUGGGCUACCACCUCGAGGUCCCGCCCGUGCCGCUCAAGCGGGCAGCGCGUUUCAGCGCCAUGGAUCGUUGCAGAAUGACAUCGACGCGCCCAGCCCGGCCGCGUCCGCCGCGUCGCUGGGCCCGCCCACGCGCGCGGCCUAGCGCCCCCCGCGCCCGCCCCGCCGCCCCCCGCGCCCGCCCUGCCGCCGCGCCCACUGCCUCGCGCUCGGCUCCGUGCUAGUCCUGCUGAGGCUCGACUGAGGGCGAUGACCCAGUGACAGAUGUGGUUUACGGACGAAAAAUUGUAAAACUAUUUCGAUUUGUGAGCGACACAUUCCCGUGGACUUAACGUGUGUUGUGUAGGAAAUUUUGAGAAAAAAAGAGGAAAAUGUAUUGUUUCUAAUAAAUGUGGUUAUUAGAGUAUUGUAACGUCGACAUGAAAUGUUUAAAUGUUCAAGUGUAAGCCGUGUCUAGAUGUCGUAGCCUUAUGAAGAAUCAGUUUUGAAUAGAUGUGAUGUGAAAGCUCCACUAUAUUAUUAUAUAAAAUGAAAAUGUUAUAAUGGAUAUUGGGGAUUUUCCCGUAGUAAAUACUAAAUCAAAAUGUGUUCAUUGUAUACUUCUAGAGUUGCUAGGAUAUAGGACAUCAGAUUGAUCGUUUGGAUUCUGUUGUAAAUAUCGUUGAUAUUCAAUAAAUUUUGAAUUAUAUAAUGUAUUUAUAAGUUCCUUGCUGAUGUAUUUAUCCAUAAAAGCUAAACUGAUGAUUCAAACCCAACUUUAUUCGCAUCAUUCUAGACGAAAAGUCUGUAUUUAAAGUUUAUUAAUAAUUGAUACGGCAAUUUUCCUUACAUGCUGUAUUAUAUUUUUUAUCCCUUGACAAUGUUUUUCUAGUAGGUAUUUAAUUUUUAACUAUUUUAAAUUUAUACAUGCUUUGAAAGCCAGCUAUGAUGUCAUAUGCCAUUGUAAUACUCAGCAUUUCAUUCAGAAUCACUGAAAUGGCCAAAGAAACUGUUCAAAAUUUGCAGUAUUGUCAUACAUUUUUAACUGUUGUCCAAUUUUGCUGUAGCUAUGAUCCCACGUGUUAAGUAAAUAUUUAAUUUUAGUUAUAAUAUACCCGACCCUCCUGGACAGUUCAGAUUCCUGAGAUACUUUAUUAAAAAAGUAAACUUA